GAGCACUAGCCCACCAGCCGAAUGUUAAAUUCGUGUUGACCGGAGCUGAAUGUUGCGGUUUUUUGAAUGUUUGUCAAAGCGUUUGGAAGUAUCUACGAAAGUCUGUAAUGACCCGUUUUAAAGACAGAGCUUAAAAGGAGAUAAGAUAAUAUUUCACAUCAUAGUCGAAAGUAAUGGCAAAUGAAAUUGACACAGAUCUUUUUGGCCUUCUUUGUCAAUUGGCAACUUUCUCGGAAUGGCAUAGUCCAAACUUCGGAACGCUGGACUUUCGAGUUACAGAGGAUGCCCUUCGCAAGAUAUUUCCCUGGGAAUCGAGUUUUACCAAUAUACAAAGCGGAAGUUUGGCGGAGAAAUUGUAUUUACCAAGUUUAAAAGCGGCUGACGAAACCGGAAGUAGUUGGCUGAACUACGAAGCCGAUCUUGAUGUCAUGUUUAUACCGCAGAAAGUCGUGAUUUGGGAUUCAAAAGUUGAAGAAACCGAAGAAUCCGGCAAAGAUGUUAUCUCAAGUGAAAUUAUCGCCUACAUCGAGGAUACGGAAACCCCAGGCUACAUAAAACUUCGGGUGAAUAACUCUUGCAAAUCAAAACUACCUGACGAGAUACUGGAAAGCGGCGAGGGAAGAGAUGUUGUUUACAUUUCAAGCUCCAAGUUUAGUGGGUUAUUUGGAAAGCACUUAAGCAAGACACAAGAGGCCGGACCGUCGCAGUUCAUAGCCUCAGAACACAUUCAACAUAAGAGUUCAUUUGGCAUCAUGAAAUCUGUUGAUCUAGUCUUCGCCUUUCGCUGCCCGCAAUGGCCGUCCGCUGCAAGGGAAUGGGUGAAUCGAAAGCGACACUGGCCAACUCCAGAAACCAUUCACGGAAUAAUUCAACAGGGUUGCGCUGCAGUUGCGAAGGGAUUUGCAGAAAGUGCAAGCUCACACCUCGAAUGGAGGCUGUCGUUUUCCUUAUCUGAAAUAUUGCUAGCUCGCAGUCUCACCCCAGUGCAAAGACAGUGCUACCUGCUAGUCAAAAGCCUCAUCAAAGACCUCAAAUGCAAUGUCAUACCUUCCUACUACAUCAAAUGCAGCUUCUUUUGGUUAUUGGAGGACGCAGAAACUAGUGUCUGGAGAAGCUCAAAUCUUGGAAACUGCGUCCUUAUGGCAUUGAACAAGCUUGCUGAAUGCUUGCGUGGCCACUUGCUCCCCAACUACUUCUUGAGACAAGGGAAUCUCCUGCAAACGGUUCCCAAGGAUUCUUGCGAGGCUAUGUCUAACGAACUGAUGAAGGUUAUUUCAAGUCCUGUCCUAAGCUUUACCAACUCAUCAAAAAUCAUGGAACGCCUGGAGUUAGUGAUGAGUGCAGGACCCAGAGAGAAGGGGUGCAACAAGCUGAUCGCACUCCUUAGAGAACACGAUGGCUCUCCAGAAAAGGAAGGCGAAUUGAAAGACUUGCUGAAAUUUCACUUUUAUAACCUGGCCUUGUCGUUGUUGAAUGGUGAGCCAGAAACGGCGCAGAAAGGUUUGGACUACAUCCAGUGCGUUGUGGCCAUUUUGAAAACUGUGGGAAAGUGUACAAACGCGCUGGAAUUACUCUGCAAUUAUCUUGUCAGUUGUUCUGCACGCGGCGAUGACAGACAUGCCGCAGCUCGCUUGGUUUCUAUGAGAAUUCUUGGCUUUUUAGAUGACGAAAUUCUCUCAGCUCUGCACGAUGCCACAGGCAGCAACGAACUGGGUGCUCACCUUUGUCACAAUGCUGGGUGCCGGUACCACGUUCAAGCAUACGGGGAUUCAGAUGACGGGUUGACUGUAAAUAAAGAGCACCUAUCGCAUGCAGAGACAAUGCUGAAGAAGUCUGUAGAUCUUCAGCCAGACAAAGCUAGCCAUCAUGUCGAGUUAAGCAUGUUUUUGUACAGAAACGACCGUUUCGACGAGGCCAUUUCGUUCGCUAAACGAGGGGUACAAGAGAGCGCGUCUUCAGAGAUGCUCGAGUGUUUGGAAUAUGACACGAGCGAAGAGAUCACCUUGGACGGAAACCUUGGUCAUCAUGUGCAACAGAAUGGGUUUGUACGAGCGCCAGCUUUGGUGUUUGCAUAUUAUGUGCAAGUGGCUUGUUUAGAGGAGUUAAACAGGAAAGAAGAAGCUCUGCAGUUAAUGGCCUCUUACAAAUCAGCCUGUUCUGAUUCUCGCAAAACCGUCUGCGAAGAUGACUCGAUGGUGCUGUUUCAUUUUUCUUGCUUGCUUCUCAAGAUGCCAGAAACAUAACAACAAGGAUAUACUGAAUAGG